AUGGAGAUUUUGGUUGUGAAAUUUAUCCUAGCUUACUUAUCAGUUUGCAGUGCAGUGACUCUUGCAUGCUGUGGGAGCUCCAAUGAGACGGACAGGCUUGCAUUGCUAGCCAUCAAGGAUCAAAUCAUGGAGGAUCCUCAUCAAAUCAUGAGCUCCUGGAACGAAUCCGUUCACUUUUGCAUGCGGCGUGGUGUCACAUGCGGUCGACGGCAUCAACAGAGGGUGACAAGGCUGGAGCUUCAAGGUCAAAAUUUGGCUGGUUGUGGAACAAUUCCUCCAGAGAUUGGGUCCUUGUCGAAGCUUCAACAAUUGGUUUUACAAAGUAACAAUUUAACAGAAGAGAUCCCUCCUUCCUUGGGUACCCUUUCGUCUCUCGAGGCAUUUGCUGCCUAUGAGGAACGCUUCCCACAUCAAUAUCCAAUCUAUCACCCACGAUUGAAAGAUUUUGGGUUUACACAAAACCAACUAGAUGGAAGCAUCCCAGUUGGCAUGGGGAAAUGGAUCAACCUGCAAUCGUUGGCUAUGGAGGACAAUAACUUCACAGGUGAUAUCCCCUCGGACAGUGGGGAGCUUUCGAGACUUGCAGAAUUAGACUUUUCAGCAAAUGAAUUAACUGGAAGCAUUCCGUCCUCUCUUGGGAACUUAACCAAGUUAGGCAGACUCUUCUUGCAAAGAAAUAAUCUUCAGGGAAUCAUCCCUUCAAGCCUAGGCGAAAUCCAGCGGAAUUGGGAUCUUUCAUAUAAUAACCUUAGUGGCACAAUACCUCCAAAAGUUCUCAGCCUCUCCUCCUUAUCAAUAUAUUUGAACUUGUCUGCAAACCAUUUUACAGGUUUCCUUCCCAUGGAGGUUGGAAAGAUGACCAGUCUAGGUGAGCUGGACAUUUCUGAUAACAUGUUAACCGGAGAGCUUCCGAGCAGCCUUGGUAAUUGCGAGAGUUUAGAAGUUCUACACUUGCAAGGAAACUUGUUUAAGGGGUCUAUUCCUUCAUCUAUGGCAGCGUUGAGAGCUAUUCGAGAUUUAGACCUUUCUCGUAACAAUCUUUCAGGUGAAAUUCCACAAUUUUCAGAUGAUCUUGUAUUCUUGGUGAAUCUGAACCUGUCAUUCAACGAGUUUUGGGGGUCCGUACCAACUGAAGGUGUAUUAAAAAAUGCUUCUUCAAUUUCAAUUGUUGGAAAUACAGGGCUCUGUGGAGGGAUUGCUAAUCUUCAGUUGCCUAAAUGCAACUCUAAAGGGUCCACAAAAGGAGGAUCAUCUCGUAACCUUAAAUUAAUAGUCCCACUAGUAUCCGGACUUGCAUUUCUAGGAAUAGCAAUGGCGCUGUCCUAUUUCUUUCUUUGCUCGCCAAGAAAAAACAUUGAAGAAACUCCGAGGAGGACUUUGACGAACACUUAUUUGCAAGUGUCGUAUUCUACUCUCCAACAAGCUACUGGUGGAUUCUCUUCGACUAAUUUGAUUGGUGUGGGUGGUUUUAGGUCUGUAUACAAAAGAGUUCUUACUGAUAAGGAUGAUAAAACUGAUCAACUUGUUACUGUGAAAGUGUUUGACCUGUUACGCCAUGGAGCAUCAAAGAGUUUCAUAGUUGAAUGUGAGACUCUAAGAAAUAUCAGGCAUCGAAAUCUCGUCAAGAUUAUAACUGCAUGCUCAAGUGUUGAUAAUCAUGGCAAUGAUUUCAAGGCUCUAGUUUAUGAGUUCAUGGAAAAUGGGAGCUCAGAGGAGUGGUUGCAUCCACCUACUGAUAUUGAAGCGAUAGGAGAUCAUACACCCAAGAAUUUAAAUCUUCUUCAGAGGCUAGACAUUGCUAUAGAUGUUGCUUUUGCAGUAGAUUAUCUUCAUAAUCAUUGUGAAACACCAACAGUUCAUUGUGACCUCAAGCCAAGCAAUGUUUUUCUAAACGCCGAGUUGACGGGACAUGUUUCUGACUUUGGAUUAGCAAGGUUUCUCCCACCACUAUCAAGUAAUGUCUCAGCAAAUCAAACCCAGACAAGUUCAAUUGGAAUACGAGGAACAGUUGGUUAUGCUGCUCAAGAGUAUGCUAUGGGAAGUGAGGUCUCAACAAAUGGAGAUGUCUACAGCUUUGGCAUUCUCCUAUUGGAAAUUUUUACAGGGAAGAGACCCACUGACAACAUGUUUAGUGACAACCUGAACCUCCAUAAUUUUGUCAAGAUGGCUGUCCUUGGACGAGUUUCCGAGAUUACAGAUGCACCACUUCUUCAAGGAUACACAAAUGAGACUCCCAAUCAAAGCAGCUCGAAUGUUCAAAAAAUUGAGACAUGCUUGAGCUCCAUAUACAAAAUUGGAAUUGCAUGUUCUGUUGAAUCCCCAAGGAAUCGACUACAGAAUAUCAAUGAUGCUGCAUCUGAACUCCAAUCCAUUAGGAACACUCGUCUUGCAUAG